UUACCCUUUGCGAAGCCCCUAGCUCUGUAUUAAACUUGCUGCAGCCAUUUGGAAAGGGAAGGAGCAGUCCAUCUUAGCAGUCACUGGAGACAGGCAUCCAGGUUGCUGGGGGGUGUGGGGUGGUAAGAAAUCACACAGCACCGGCUUCUCACCCCCACACCAUCUCCUUCCCUCUAGGGCAGAAAAACCCAGCCACCGGGCUCGCCUGCGUUACUGGCCCACCGAAUUCAGGGCAUCGGGGCUGGGUUCUUCUGGGGAGGGGAAAACACGGAGGAAGCAGAUGCUGCCCACAUUUCUCUCUGAGAUAAAUGGAGGGAGGGGGGCGUGGAGCAGCCCCGCACACUGCGGCUGGGCUUUCCCCGCGGGCUGGAAGGGAAGCCCCGGCCCGCCUCGCCUCGCCUCGCCUCCCCUCCGCAGACAAAGACCCCGUUACCUUCUCCCGCUCCCUCGGCGGCUCCGGCGGCCCCUCAGCUCCAAGCCCGGGACAAGAGCAUCCCCGCUGCACCAGCGUCGGCAGGCCGCGGCUCUACCGCACCGCAUCCAUUGCCCGCGUCUCGGCGCGGGGCCAGCGCGGCCCUUCCCUCCGCUCCUGCGCGGCCUUAGGGCGGUCCCAUGCUCCGGCCCGGGAUGCUCUAACCCUCCUUUCCCCCCUUCUUCCUCCCUUUCCCCGCCCUGCCGGCCCGCAGCACCCGGCUCCUGCGCGGCCGCUGCCGCGCUGCGAGGCUGGAGCUGGGGAGGACGAGGAGGAGGAGGGGAAGGGAGGAGGAGAAGGAGGGGGAGAAAGAAGGGAGGAGGGCAGCGAGCGGCAGUUGGCGCUGGGUCAUGUGAAACAGAUGAACCCGGCUCGGGCCUGCCAACAUCUGGGCUCGCCCUUGGGAGCAGGAUGAGGAGAUAGAGGGAAAGGAAGGACAGAGGGAGAAAGCGUGUGAGGGUUGGGGGGAUCCACACCCCCGACACCGGCGUGCACACCUUGAAAUGACAGGGGCGAGAGCAGCGGGGACGAUUGCUGCGAGCACUGACGAAGCCGUGGCAGGGAGGAAGAGGAGAGCAGCGAGGGACCUGGGCACUCAUGGGACUGGGCAGAGAGCACAGCUCCUGGCAGGCUGCAGCUUCAGUGCGGGAGGGGCACCCCCAAUUCACAUCCCUCCCCUCCACCUUCCCCCAGCUGGGAGGUGGGUGUAAGAGCCUACCCGUUAACAGAGGCUGCUGCUCAGGACUAAAGCGCCGUUACAGGUGGUACUAGCUAGCUGGAGCCCCGGUGUAAGGAAUUGCCAUUAAUUAGAACAGCUGAGAGGGACAACGUGUGUGAGACUCCGAAAAGUGCUAGUUUAAACAGGCACAGUGUGAAGCACCCACACUGCAACGCCUGCAGUUAGAGCCCUGGCUUGCUGCUGCUUUGCCUCCUAUCAGCAUUUUUUGGGACUGGGUUUAUUCCCACCAGGUAAAGCCCUAAGGUUGCAGUGUGCCAUGGUCUUCUGGCACAGGCUGGCCAAGAAGAGGUCUGCUUUGGAAGGGGAGGUGUGCAGGUUGGGAUAAAUUGUGUCCUUGAGAUAAUGCAUGCUGAGAACUUUGGAAACCAGGUGGAAACCACAGGGAUCUCAUUCAGAAAAGUGAAAUGCAAUUAGUCAGGACCAGGACCUGACUCACAUACCUGGAUCUGGACCUGCAAUCAAUUUAAGAGAUAGGGCACAUUCAGCACCAACUGUCAUGGCACAGCGCACUUCAAACUGGGAAGAUCUCCAAGUUUGCUGAGUGAACCACAAGAUGUUCCUAGUUAAAGCCUUCCACAGAAACCCUUCACUUCUGAGAUGAACAGUGGGUGUUACUUCUCAUGCCAUAAUUCCAUUAAUUUUCAGGACAAUCUCCUAAGUAAUCAGGGCAUGAAAUGAGAGGGGAAGGGAGAAGCAGGACUUUAGAUUUGUACAACUCCCACCCCACCCCAGGGUAUCUGAUUGAUUUUCACACAGAUUCUGCUUAAAGGAUCUCAGAGAUCUGAAGAAGUAAGCAAACCUCAAUAUUUCCAAAGAGCUGGUGCAAUAAAUCCUCCCUUCAUUAAGUGCAGAAAGUGCAUGCUGGCAGGAUUGCUUUGCAGGCACAUGAAGCUUGAUAUUCAUGAGGCAGCUGAAAUGGAUAGUGGGGCCAAGCCAACUCCAGCUGAUCGUGCUAUGACCUGCCUGCUGCCUCCAGCUCCAUGCUGGGGCUGGUGUGGAGAGGGACAGGAGUCACAUGUAAGUCACUUGUGUCCCAGUUAGCUCUGGGUAAUCCCAGCAUCCAAGAGAUGAAACAAAAUGAACUACUGAAGUGUGCAUAAGACAAGCCUGGUGUAGCACCAGGCCUCCCCAGGUGACCCAUGCCUUGGUGGAGUGAUGCCAAGGAAAGGGGCUGUUCUUGCAGUCUUUUCUACUUUGCACCCAACUGGGGGCUGGGAGCAGGGAAAAAAGAGAAGAUCUUCCUGACAGAAUGUGCUGAGAGCCAUCCUUGUCCUUGAAGGAGGAACAGGAGAGGAGAGGGGUUCCUCUGUCCAUUGGAAGUCAGGUCCUCACUAAGCUAUUCUACCCAUUCAUGGGAUGGAGUGGACCCUGCUGCCCUUUUCUUCAAAGCAGAGCAAAGCUCUCUCUCAGGAAUAUUUUAAUCUGGCAUAGCCUAAAAGCAGAACAAUGCUGGAAGGAGAGGAUGUGGCAGGGACUCCCUCUAUCUGUAAGAUGGACUGGGUCAUGGUGGAAGAUGGGAAGGAUUUUCCCCAGGGGGGAAGCACAGGUUGGUAGAAGAGACAGGUGCUUGGAGGCAUGGAAGAAAAUCAGAAAAGACUCAUGCUGCUGGCAAAAGGCACUGUUAGGCUGGAGGAGACCUGAUGAGAUUCUUGCAGAUCACCAACAUGACCAUGGUGGGGACAGGAAUAGAAUGCAACUGAUAAGAGGCAAUCUAAUUCCUUCAAAGGCAAGUGAACAAACUUUAUCUAUGCAAGGGAACUGCAGAGGAAACAGCAAAUGAGUAAACAGCAAGAACCUGGGAAUAAGAUUGAAGAAAGGCAAGAUUAUUCUCCCCACACUACCCUCAGAUGUAACAGUUGACUGGUGUUAGUGAAAGCCACAGAAAAGCCUUCUUGGAUGACAAAAGCCAGAACAUAUAAUUGUAAAGGACAUCAGAUGAGUCAGCUGAGAGAUCUGAGCCCAGAAAUGUGCCUCCUGUUAAGCAAAACCUACGUGUACCUCUUUGCAAGGAGCUGCAUAAUGAAGUACUGUCUUUGUACAAAGAAUAAACCAAACUAAUUAUA